AGAUAUAAAUACAGGUAUGUUUGAGGGUACGGUGUGUAUAGUAUAUACCGUUUGGUCUAUUAUUGACCAGCAAAAUGCUGCCCAUAGUACUGGUACUAUUUGUCGCUCAGAGCGCAUUCGCCGCACCGUCAGUGGUAGGCGUCCAAUUCAAAAAUUUCAACGAGGUCGCUCCAGUUUCCGACAAUGGCAAACUUGUCUCAAGUUACAUCACCGAUGGUUCCAUCGCGUACAUCGAUGGCGGCGACACUCCCCUUUACGCACAAAUGAUAAUACAAUCAAUCAACGACAUGGCCGACACAAGCGACACUGAUUCCUGGGCAAAUGCUGUCAUCCAAACUAUUGCCACAGUCGGUGAGCUCGCUAACGGCGUCCCCGGUGAUGCUUGUGAGGCUGCUGCUCUCAUCAACGCAUACGCGUACUCCGUCAGCACUGGUAACAGCGCUGGACUCCGUGCUGCACUUCCCAACUUCGUGCAACGCAUCGCUGGAUACGUUGACACCAUCGUCCAACUCGUCGUCAACCCCAACGGCGUCCGUUACUCGUCUGGUCCAAGAGGCAAGUGCCUUGGUGGUGGCAGAAGUUACCAAUUUGAGGAGGCAUGGGAUGGUAUCCUUGACAAAGCCAACGCUUACCAAAUUGGUCUCUUGAACGAGGAGUACUGCGCUGCCAAGCGUCUGUACAACGCCUUCAACAUCCGCAGUAACAACGUAGCCGCCGGCGUCACCGCCGUCACCACCAGACCAGUUAACCAACUCGUACAACUUGCGCUUCCACAACUUGCACAAUUCUUGAGAGUAGUCGCUAAUGGAGGAAACCCAGUUCAAGCUGGAGCCAACGCCAAGAAUGCUCUUCUCCAAUCUCUCCCCAAAAUCCAGUACUGAGGAAAUCAGAUCGAUCAAUCAUAUGUAGUAGUUGUAUAUAUCGAAUAAUAAACCGCAGAAUAAUUUAACCAAUAAAAUAUUCGUCUUACUAAUAAAUAGUUCUAUUUCUUUCUUUCAAAUGACAAAUUACUUAUGAGAGAAGGAGUGAAAACGAUGUGUCACUCUUUACCUUAAGAACUUAUAUUAGUAAGGUCGUUUAUAUAUUUUUGUAUUUAUUGAUUACAGGACAAGAUAAUAAAAGCCUUAUAUUGUUAUAUAUUAAGACUUAUAUUUCUUGUAUUGAUAUACCAAUAGAUGGAUGUUUAUUGCUAUGUAAAUAUAAGUUUUUAAGUAACAACAUGAUUUUGCUUUUAUUUUUCGACUCACGAUAUAUAUUUCACAUAUUAUUUCGAAUAAAGAUGUAUUCUGAAA